AUGCCAUCCUACCUCAUCACCGGCGCCAGUCGAGGUCUCGGCUACGCCUGGCUCAAACACCUCUCCUCCAACCCAACCAACACCGUCAUCGGCUUGGUCCGCAACAAAGCCGCCACAGAAAAACGUCUGGCCGCCGACAACAUCACCAACGUGCUCCUCGUGCGUGCCGAUAUAACCGAUGUCAAAGCCCUCCAUCUCGCCGCUGAUGAAGUCUCAAACAUCACCGGCGGGAGUCUGGACGUCCUGAUCAACAACGCCGGGAUCUCGAGCCAGAGGAGCGCUUUCAAAACCGUCGUCGACUUGCCCCCGGAAGUCCUGGAGCAAGAUUUCAUGGACUCGUUCAAAUCAAAUGUCGUAGGCGUGGCACAUACGAUCAAUACCUUCCUGCCCCUGAUUCGAAAAGGCGAGGUGAAGAAAGUCAUAACCAUUUCGUCAGUGUUGGCGGACAUGGACACCGCGAAUCGCUUCGCGAUCGAUAACGCCGGACCGUAUGCCGUCUCCAAAGCCGCGGUCAACCUUCUGGUGGCGAAGUACCAUGCGGCGGUCGGUGUUGCGGAGGGGAUACUGUUCAUGUCGAUUAGUCCCGGCGUCGUGUCUACGCGAGAAACGCAGCAGACUGAGGAGGAGCUCAAGGGGAGGAAGGCGAUGGGUGCAAAGUUCAAGGCAUAUGCGCCGCAUUUUACUGGUCCGACCACACCGGAGGAGAGUGUGAGGAUGCAGUUGGAGGUCAUUGACAGGGCGACAGUGGAGACCUAUGGAGGAGCGGUUCUCAAGAGAGAUUACUUACUGGUCGACGUUGCCUAUGCGAACAGGAGGUGCAUGCCACUUUUCGUGAGGGUCCAUGUCCAACAGGUCAAGCGCAUACUCCAGAUCUGGCCCUGGGAUGAGGCCUAUCAGGAUACGAUCUUUCAGAAUGGACACGCCACCGUCAAGCUCUCCGGCCAUAUGUAG